AUGCGUCAGCAACGACCGGUAAAGCCUAGGAUUAAUCAAUACUGGGCACAGACCCUUGACGGCACGUCGCAGACGUUGUGUGAUAUCCCGCUCCGCCAUGAUGGGAGGUCCAAAGGAGCGGCGUUGCAGGCGUUGCUCUCUGACCUGGACUUUAACCUAAAAGGAUGCCGACCGUUGCAGUGGACAAACUUGACCUCUAUGAACGUCUUGGAAGAAGUUAUAGUCAAGCUGGAUGAGGACACGACAGAUGAAGUAGAGGCAGCGGCAAAGCGUGGCGAGCCUGCUGAAAGGGCGAUCGAAAAAUGUCCCCAGGUUAAACUAGUUCUACCAGCUGGUGGUGAACAAAAUCUUUUGACUUGCCACAUUGCUCCAGAGCCACUCGGAGCUGACUCUUUACAGGUUGCCAAAGUCAGGGCGUUCACCGCUGCCGCUAUCUUGCGCAAUGUAUCCUUUACCCAAAGAAAUUACGAUUCUUUCAUAGAUCUACAGGACAAGCUUCAUCAAAAUAUUUGUCGAAAGCGGCAACUCGUCUCCAUUGGGACUCACGACCUCGACACUUUAAAACCGCCUUUUCGAUAUGAAGCGCGAACUCCAACCAACAUUAAUUUUAUACCACUGAAUAAGGAAAAGUCAUACAACGCACAAGAACUCAUGACCGUCUAUGAGUCAGAAAAGCACUUGGCGCGCUACCUACAUAUUAUCAAGGAUUCUCCUGUAUAUCCAGUCUGGUAUGAUCAAAACGAUCAAGUUCUUUCCCUUCCUCCAAUCAUCAACUCGGAACACUCCAAGAUCACAUUGAACACGCGUAACGUAUUCAUCGAAUUGACCGCGACAGACGAGACCAAACUUGCCAUUGUCCUGAAUACGAAGAGUCCGCUUAGUGAUUUUCUCCCUACCAGCGUUGAACCCGUGCGCUUGUGCUGGCCAGAUGGAAAGGAAACGAUUACACCAGACCUAAGUCCUCGUGCAACAACUGCUUCAGCGGAAUAUAUCAACUCGUGCACUGGCCUUUCUCUCUCUGCUGCCGAGAUAUCAGAGCUUUUGAAACGGAUGACUCUUGAAGCGGAACCCUCUUCUUCAAACCCAGACGAGAUCUUGGUUCAAGUUCCUGCUUGGAGACCGGAUAUAUUGCACGAGUGCGACAUUAUGGAGGACGCCGCAAUCGCAUACGGGUUCAACAAUCUAGUCAAAACAUUCCCCGCGACGAACACGGUUGCACAGCAAUUACCUGUCAGCAAACUGUGUGAUGUGGUGAGGAGAGAAUGGGCUUAUGCCGGGUGGGUGGAGUGCUCUCAUGACGAGAAUUUCUCUUGGAUGAACCGCAAGGAUGAUGGCAGUGAGGUCGUGAAGCUGGCCAAUCCGAAAUCGCUCGAAUACCAAGUUGUCCGAACUUCGCUCCUGCCCGGGUUACUGAAAACAGUCCGAGAAAACAAAGCUCAUCCGUUGCCCAUCAAGGUGUUUGAGACAUCCGACGUAGUGGUCAAGGACAAGACCGCAGAGAGGCAGACCAAGAACAUACGGCACGCGGCUGCGGUGUGGUGCAACAAAACGGCCGGAUUUGAGGUCGUUCACGGUUUACUCGAUCGCAUGUUGGCUAUGUUAGAGGUUCCGAGGAUAAGCAAUGCGACAAAGGGUGAGGCUAAAGCGGGGUACUAUUUGAAGGAAAUCAACGGGCUAGACGGUGAAGGUGAAACUGUACUGGGCGUCCUCGGUAUCCUACACCCGACCGUUCUGGCCAGCUUUGAAAUACCCUACCCAUGCUCAGCGCUAGAGUUCAAUCUCGAACCGUUCCUCAAGGCAGGCAAGGAGCCGUGGGAGUGA